CCACAACCGGGCCAUUCUUAUCAGAUGAAGCAAAGUGUAGGCAGAAGUGCAUGGACGAGCUUAUUUAAAUUAACCUAUUCUUAAAAUGAAUAAAGAUGAUUAUGAUCUGCUACAAUUUAAGUUUAAAAGGGAACCUGUAAAUAAUGCUGCCCUAGAUCUAUUACAAGGACUUGAAAAUCGUAGUUUAGGAUCUGUUAAGAAAAAUGUCAAAUCCAAAGAAGGCAUUGAACUCUUUGCAGAGGAGGAGUUUGUUAGGAAGCAGGAAUUCAGUGAAAUGCGCUGUGAGAUGCCUGGUAUACCCAGAUCCACUUUCCUGAUGGUGUUCAGUCCUGAUGGUACCAAAGUAGCUUCGACGCACGGCAACCACAACAUCUAUAUAACCGAUCUUAGGAACGGCAGGAAUAUAAAAACUCUGGUCGGCCAUCCGAGGACUCCAUGGUGUAUCGCCUUCCAUCCGACAUCCGAACAAAUCGUUGCUUCGGGCUGUCUAGGCGGGCAAGUCAGGAUAUGGGAUUUGAGUGGAGGCAGUGAAGUAUGGACAGCUAUCAACCACACUGUCAUAGCCUCUUUAGCGUUUCAUCCAAACGACAGAGUGUUAGCUAUAGCCACCGGCAAUUGCGUACAUUUCUGGGAUUGGAGUAAACCGGAUCCGUUUGCCACUCGUUCAACGUACACUCUAAAAGAAAAGGUUCGUUAUGUAGCGUUUGAUAGCUUAGGUCACAAGUUGAUAACAGGUAUAGCGAAUGGUCCGUUGACAAGGUGGGAAAUGGUCAGAGCGCCGGUACCGGUACCGCGACAAGAUUGGAACGCCAGCCCUUACAGACGACGAAUAACCCAACGACUUGCUGACCGGUUCGCUAACCAAAAUCAACCUUCCAGCUCCGAUGCUAACACAACUACUAAUCCCAGAGACUCUCUAAGCUAUCCAGAGAGAGAAAGAAGAAUCUCGAUGUGCUACCGAACCCUAGUAAAAGAAUAUGAACAAUUAGUUCAUAGGUAUCUCCAACUCUAUAGAUCUCCCACAAUGAUUGAUAGAGGUACAGACCCAAUGGAGCCGGAUUUGUGGUUUAACAACAGCGGUACCCAAACGUCCGAAUCGCAAGCCAGCACCAGCGACACGUCACAGCCAAGUACUAGCGGUACUGCACAAAAUCGUCCAAGAUCUGGCGUUUUAGAACCUACAGCCAGUGGUAGCUCCAGACCUAGCACCAGUAGUGCUACCGCUGGUCCAAUUGGACGAAGCAGUAGUGGAACCUCUGGAUAUAGCAGUGAUGGUAGUCCUAGAGCUGGUAGUAGUGGCGCCUCCAGGGUUAUUACGGUUGAACCUAGUAGUGGUAGUGGUACUCAGGGACCUAGCACCAGUGGUACCGUUCAAAACGAAUCGACGAAAACACCAGCCGAGAGAGUUUUGGACGAAACUUUGCCCGGUAGUUCCGGUAGCACAAGAAACGUCGAUUCAUCGACUGAACCUUCUCCUAGCACUUCUCAGAAAUCGGCUCACAAUCUUCUAACUCCGAGCAGAAUGUUUUCGGUGAUAAAAAAACCGAGCACGCUAAUCAGAGGUACUCAAACGUCGGAAUCGCGGAAGCACAAAGCGGAAGAUGCGAGCGAGCCGAAGGAGAAACGCCUAAAAAAGAGCAACGGAGCCAAAAGUAAAUCUUCGAAGAAGAGUAACAAAGACGGAAAGACUAAUUCGGCGCAGACGCAAACGUCGACUGUUAGGAAGGAAUUUCCUAUUAAUAAUGACAAAAGUGGCGCUAUUAUAUCUGAUGAUAGAGUUUCGACUGGGAGUUUGUCGGAGUUUAGGAUGAGGAGUCGAACGGAAGACAGUAGGGAAGCAGGUCCGAGCGGUUUGAAUCGACAAGAGAGCACCGAAACUGAAGAGGAAAUCAAUUUAGAACCGAAUCCCUCCACAUCGACCAGAGAAUCAGGUAGAGAUGCGAAUAGGACGGUCACAGACGAGUUAUUGUCUAACAUCAAAAGAAACGCCGAAGCUGAGGUUAGAAAUAGGAUAUUACCGAUAAUUAGGUCGCUACCAGCUCCAGACCGACCAGAAUUAAUUAGGUUAUUCGAAAACAACCGAGAGCAUGUCAAGAAGAGGUUCAAACAGAUGUAUCCACAAUUUUUACGAAAAACAGGUCGGCGUCAUUUUACCUGUUUCGGUAGCACAUCUGAAAGUAGUAGCUCAGAAGAGGAAACGAACAACAAUCAAAAUCAUCGUCUUUCUUAUUCUCAAAGACUGCCGUCUACAGACUCUACUGCUGCCACGAACUCCAAUUCUAACUCUAAUUCUUGUAACGAACUAGAGAGACUAGUUUUUCUUUUAACGGAAAUAGAUGAUAACGGUACGGAGAGAGGAGCUCAAACUUCCAGAGAACGGGAUACCCGAAGUAGUACCACGGAGGGUAACAGUUCAACUGCUGCAUCGAAUGCUCCGUUAGACAAUGCUUUUGUUCCUGAUGCUGCUAUUCCACCAUCUGCCACGGUUACGUUACCUGGAUCAAGUGAUGGUUCUGAACAAAGUCCUACACAAGACUCACCUUUUCGUCGUUUCAUUUCGUCAUCCGACCGAAGCGGCUGGAACGACUGGCAGAGAGUCCGACCCUUAAUGUCCAGCGAUUUUAGACGUGAUCUGUCUGCAGAUAGCCAAAGGCUGGAAUCGUCUUUCCAACCGCCGGCCACAGUUGCUAACACAAACACUAGAACGACCAACUCCACCAUAUACACUUCCAAUUCAUCUCCUAGACGAAGGUUUUUUUCGCAUAGAAUAUCGGCGUUUAUGCCAACUAGAGUAAACGUCAUUAGAUAUAGAAGAGUUCCUAACUACUUAUUAACAAGAAGCAGACUCAGUGGCAGGCCGUUGGGUUCUUCCACGUUCGGAGUCGAUGAGCUGUUCAAUUAUUCCGAACUGGACAAUUCGGAGGACGAUCCCCCGCCCCCACCGCCACCCCCCGACGCAGAUCAUCCGGAACCGCCGAUAGUUUCGUCGUCGGAGAGCUCUAUCAGUGAUAUGUACGCGAAUAUCGUUCGCGAUUUAGAGUCCACGUUGGACAAUGUUAUUAGGAUGAGGAGUUCCCGACCGGGUGAAACAUCAAGCAUAUUAAGUAGUUUUUCAGACAGACUUACAAGUAUUUUGACUCAAUCUGAUACAAUAUUAAGAAACAUUACCAGUUCUAUGGAUGUUCUGGUAUCUAACACAAAUAGGUAUCCACAAGCAGAGAGUUCCAACACUCCCUGGUACUCCUGUUACGAUUCCAAUUUCUACGUUCGCGACCAACGUCUGGACCUUUCACCUGAUGCCAAUAAUUCAGAUACAGUCAAUUUAUUUGACAUAUUCAGUCCUAGACCGAAUUAUAAUGCUGUAGCAUCGGACCACACUUAUCCUAGGACGAGGAAUCCGGACGAGCACGGCAAUCCAGAAUCCGGAUCACAGCUGGUAACAACAAUACGUGCGAUGAUUAGGCAGAUUCAAGGUCAAGCCAGAAUACUCAGACAACAGGUUGAAAACAUUGAACGCAUCGAUCGAGCUAUGAUCGAGGUAGAGCAGCUACAGGUCAUCCGACGACUCAUCGUCGACCUGAUUCGACACCUCGGGAACACAUCCGGCAGCCCAGGUGUGGCAAGCAGCCGCAGCAGUAGAAGCGGCGUGUCCAGCGUGCGGCAAAUGAUGGCAGGCACGAGAAUAAGCGAUUCCACGCCGGGUGAAUCGAGCGCCGAUAACAGGAGACCUUACCGAACCUUCCAUAGUCGUAUUCACGGCGAAGGCAACGGAGGAAGUUGUAGAACCGAAGGACUAGGUAGUCAACGAACUGACGGGGGAAAUCCUUCCGGAGAAGGAACUAGUAGCGGCAGUAAUCCGCUGACGAACUCGGUACUGAGAAGCGGCGGCAGAAAGACGUAUCCUCCGUCAAAGAUGUGUCGAUCUACACCGAGUACGUCCACCACCAGCAACGCCACCCCGGAGCCGUUCUCUCCUUCCUCGUCCUUCAAUAGUCGCUACCAGUUAUCCUCCAAUUAUUCCGUCAUCAACGCUAACACCAUGGGGCUGAUGACCAGGAGGCUGGAGAUCCUGUUGACUGAAGAAAUGGCGGCGUUCACGACGACCAAUCAGCCGAGACAGACUCCCACCAGGGAUAGGGAAUCUCCUUCGACCAUCGAUCUGGGGGAACAUAUUCUGGCUCACCGAUUGAACGGUUGUAUUCUCAGGAUGAACAGAAUACUAGGUAAUCCCAAUUCUGCGUCUUUGAGCCUUUACCGGGCGGAUCCAAUAUUGGCAGUUGCCCAAGACGGUGUAUCUAGGUACGGAGCUCGACACACCUUAAGCCUCAUCAUAGACAGCAUGAGUCGUCAUGUAGAAGAUCUAGGAGAUUCUUCUAUUCCUCAUGGACAGCAGAUGCACGGAGUAUUAGCAAUGUCCUUACUACUCACGGAGCUAAUGUUUCUCGUGGUGGUAGAUUCUAUUCCGCCACCCACAGGGGCGAUUACGUUCUACGAUAGGAUAUCACUGACUUCGAGGUUAGACAGAUUAUGCGGACAGAUGCUGGCAGCCAGACAAAGUUCUUAUUUGUCCCAACUCACAAGAUGUCUCAGACUGAUGAAGAUUACGAUGAAGCACGCCCAAAGUGUUCUCUAUCAAACUUAUAACGCGAGAAGAAGUACUUUGUUGCCCCGCAAUAACACGGACCGAAGAAUGUUGCUGGGAUCGAUAAACAGGUGUUUGAGAACGAUAAGACGACAGCGACAAGCGGAACAUAACUCGCCUCAAGAAACUCCAGACAGGAAUCAAGAAUCGACUGCAGAUACCGCAUCUACCUCAAGUACUUUUAACAAUAUGGAAUGGUAUUCGUCGAUUUCUGAGUUGAUAUCUCAGAUAUCAUCAGAGAACAAUGACGAUGAAAAUCCAGUUGACACUUCCCAACCAUCUACCUCUCGAGCGUUCGAAUCACCGAGUCAAGCCAACGACGUGUCUAGUAAUAACGACAACAGCGACGAUGACGACGAUGAUACCGACGGGUAUGGUAUGGGCAGAAGCAAUCUCUACAGAACCAGCAACAUCAAUCUGUCGCCCUCACCGGGAGCUGAUCAACCUGCAACUACUAGCGCAUCAGUAUCGCCACCUGCAACGCGUUAUUCCAGGCCUUGGAACGUUCCUCUGGUAGCAGUGAAUGACGUCCCAGUUACCGAAACUCCCACGUUCACCCAGCGCUUUAUCAGCCAACGAGCCAGGUUCGCGGAACGGCUAUCGGAAAUGCGAUCUAACCCUCAGAUAGUGGGACUCCUGCGACCAGGGUUUUUGCAUCCGCUGUAUUCCAGCGUCAAUCCUUUCGACGCCGAUCUAGAUGAUCCGCGCGAGCAGAUCUACGACAGCGACAUGAUCACUACUGUCACUCCAAACCAUCGGAUACAAGCAUGGGACGUGUCCGAUUGGGGUAUACCUACAAUUGCGAGUCGUACAAGGAACGUUGUCGUAAGCGAAUGCAAGAUCCACAACGAUGCCAGCGUUGAUAUAGCCAAAGACGGAUCUAUCCUGGUAACUUUGCUGCCUUCGGGAGGAUAUUUGAACGUCACAAACCGAUUAGGAGUGUACAGUCUGAAGUGGAACACACUCGGUCAAUGUUUAUAUACCACCAGUUUCGAGCAGAACGCCGUGUCCGUGUCCCUAUCGCCACUGAGCCGGCAUCUGGUCGUCGGUUUAGCUUCCAGAAUCGUCCCUAGCGAUAGAUGGAUCAUGGCGAGAGUGUUUAAGAUCCAACAAAAGGACGAACCGGGUGACAGACUGCCAGCGAUCCGGGAAUUGGAGCAGAAUCGCGACAGUAGGAUAAAUUGUAUCAGAUGGUUGCCGACGUCCGGCCAAGGAUUUAUUUACGCCACUAAUACGGGACAAUUGGUAGUAUUGACGUAAAAAAUGCAGGGGAAUUUACGUAAUGGUGUAUUCGAUUAAUCGUGCAAGGUGGGGACAGUUUAAUAUGAUUGAAUGGUUGUUUCAUCUGUUUGCUGUAUCUCUUUCCACACAAUUUUUGGUGAAAUUUGAUCAUAUAGAGCAAAUUUUGCCAGUUAGAAAUCAUAUUUUUAUUAAUAGGAUUGAAUAAGUAGCGUCUUUAAAUAGUUCUAUUGAGGUUGUUUGAAACGUGCUAAAAUUUGCAACCUUAUAAUAAGUUUGCCUGUCAAAAUUGACUGACAAGUGACAUUGACAGUUUGAAGCUUGGGAUUGUAUUAUUACUAAGAUAAUAUAGUGAAUCCCAAAGUCAAUAUACUUUGAUAACUGAUUAAAUCUGUUAGAUGCGAGGUACUCCAAACAGCUUGAAAAUCUCAUGUUAUGUAUGAAUUGUUGAUAGAAUGAAAAUAUUUUUCGAUUUUUGAUGUACUGUAUGUAAAUGUUAAACUGAUUCGUAGAAGCUUGUAUAAAACAAUUUUAUGCCAGUUUAUCUAUUGAUAUUUUAUUCGGUCUAAGCGAAUUGGACGUAUGUCUUUUGUGAAUAAUACCACAUUAUUGUAAAAAAAAAACCAAUUUUUUUCAGUUUUUAUACCAGAAUUUGUUAAAAUAUACAUUUUAAAAAGUAUAAUUUCUCAAAAUUUUUACCAAAGAUGCACAAUUUGUCAAAUUAAUUCAAUUAUGUGGUAUUAUAUAAUAUAAUAAUUUGUACUGAAUUUGCAGUUACUAUUAGACAAGACGUUGAUUUAAUAUACAUAUAAAAAAACUAUUCGAGAUCUUUGCAAAAAUUGUACACCGAAAAAGUUCGUACUUGAGAAACAUUACUUGUACUGCACGGAAAAUUGGAUCAUAAACAGAAUGAAAUAAUAAAACGUUGAUUAUUCAAAGACAGAGCACCUUAGAGCACUAUUUCAGAUUUCCAGAGUCUAAAUACAGGGUGAGUUUGUAGUGCGGUUUUGGUUGAUAAUUCCACUAUGAGAAUAUCCAAAAAAGUUGUUUAGAAAAAAUGUAGGCAAUAAUAUUCUCCAGGGUUGAAAAAUAUGCCGAAUGCACAGGGUGAUUAAUAACUAGGGUAAAGGGAGGAGAGAUGAACCACCUUUUAAAAAACUGAAGCCUGUUUCUUUAUUAAAUAAACAUCAGAAUAGAAAAAAAUUGUAUAACAUAAAUUUACAUUUAUUUAUACAAAUAUUGCUUACCUUAUUAUGUAAAAUGAAUAAUUAUUUAUGUAUUCCUUCUUUAUAUACAGAGUGUUUAUUUCAUAGCGAUUUCAAAAUAGAAAUGAGCAUAACUAGUUAAAUACCCUGUAUAGUAGUAUUGAAUCCAGUAUUGUAAGAGCAGGGAUUAUGAGAGGAAUCCAAAUAUGAGAAAAUAUAUAGGAUGUCUUAUUUAAAAAACUAUGUUUGCUUCACCACGUAGUGAUUAAUCAC